AUGUUAGUGGAGCACGCUGCACAAUGGGCUUGGCAAGCAAUGGGCGGCACGAGAAUCGAGGUCCUUUGCACGUUUCUCGUGUUCCUAGGUGUAUUGCUGGUGGCUAGAUGCUUGCAAUGGCUCAGGUAUGUGCGCUCUCUGCCUCCAGGGCCUUGGGGUGUACCCGUGUUCGGUUAUUUGCCAUUCCUGAAAGGCGACGUUCACCUCAGGUACGGAGAGCUAGCGAAAAAAUAUGGUCCAAUGUUCAGUGCCCGGCUUGGUACGCAACUGGUGGUUGUUCUCAGCGAUCAUCGUACGAUUCGCGACACGUUUCGUCGGGAAGAGUUUACUGGCAGACCGCAUACCGAGUUCAUCAACAUCCUCGGCGGAUAUGGUAUAAUCAACACAGAAGGUGCUAUGUGGAAAGACCAAAGAAAAUUUCUUCACGAUAAGCUAAGAGGUUUCGGCAUGACUUAUAUGGGCGGUGGAAAGAAAAUUAUGGAAUCGAGAAUCAUGCGCGAAGUGAAAACGUUCCUUCGUGGAUUGGCGUCAAAACGUGGCACGCCGACCGACGUUUCGGCUUCCCUUGGAAUGUCGAUCAGCAACGUUAUCUGCUCCAUCAUAAUGGGAGUACGAUUCCAGCAUGGCGACGCCAGAUUCAAAAGAUUUAUGGACUUGAUCGAGGAGGGGUUCAAAUUGUUCGGCAGUAUGGCCGCCGUCAACUUCAUCCCCGUGAUGCGUUACCUGCCCUGCCUGCAGAAGGUUCGAAACAAACUGGCGGAAAAUCGGGCGGAAAUGGCCGGUUUCUUUCAGGAGACGGUCGAUCAGCAUCGCGCGACUUUCGACGAGGGGACAAUGAGAGAUCUCGUCGACGCGUACUUGCUCGAGAUCGAGAAAGCGAAGGGGGAGGGUCGUGCCACCGCCCUUUUCCAAGGAAAGAAUCACGAUCGUCAGAUGCAACAGAUACUCGGCGACUUGUUCUCCGCCGGGAUGGAAACGGUGAAGACCACGUUGGAAUGGGCGAUAAUCUUGAUGCUGCAUCAUCCGGACGCGGCGAUCGCCGUACAGGAGGAAUUGGAUCAAGUGGUGGGGAAAUCGAGGAUGCCAGCCUUGGAGGAUCUCCCUUUCCUUCCGAUAACAGAGGCAACGAUACUCGAGGUCCUCAGACGAUCGAGCGUCGUCCCUUUGGGGACCACUCAUGCCACCACGAGGGACGUGACGUUACACGGUUACACGAUACCGGCAGGAUCUCAAGUGGUGCCGCUGUUGCACGCCGUGCACAUGGAUCCCGAACUUUGGGAGAAACCAGAGGAGUUUCGACCGAGUCGGUUCCUCUCGGCCGAAGGUAAAGUCCAGAAACCGGAAUACUUUAUGCCUUUCGGUGUCGGUAGACGUAUGUGCCUUGGCGAUGUGCUCGCACGCAUGGAGUUAUUCUUGUUCUUCAGCUCGUUGAUGCACACGUUCGAGCUGCGAUCGCCGCAGGGCUCGUCCUUGCCGAGUUUGCGCGGCAAUGCCGGUGUGACCGUCACGCCAGACCCCUUCGACGUUUGUCUCUUACCGAGAAAUCUCGACCUCAUCGAGGAUACGAAUAACGAUAUGAUCUCCCCCGGUGCCAUUCUGCGGAAUAUAGGCAGCCAUUGACUUUUCCAUUUCUCUCUCUAUCUCUCUCUUUCUUUCCUUUUUAAAAAAAAGCCCU